UGGUAGACUAGAAGCCCCCCAUGCCGAGACAGAUCCCCUUCUCUGGGCUUGCACUAUUUACUCAGGGAACUCCAGUCUUAUCUACACCUCAGUCAAUUACAUAUUGAUACCAAGCUGCCAUGUUUUGUUAGGACAGCCAUAAAGUGCCACCGGGAAACGUGCUAACAAAACAAUUUAUUACGACUUCCUAUGAGACUUGAAUGGGCGAUCUCUCAUCCCUCAGCUGUGUACCUUGUGACUUAGAUAGCUAAAGUGCUGUACAGUUGACAGGGAGAAGCAGCACGAUUGUCAUGGGUUGUAUGGCACGAUUUUACACCAACACUCUUACUUCAAGUCUGUGGUCGAGGGUACAUGUACUUGAUGAACAGAGGCUGUUUUGACCAUCAUACGUGCACGCUGAGCACAAGAUGCUUUGGAUUAAGAAAUUCCCUUCAAUGAUGACCCUUGAGGAGGAGGACCCCCCAGGACGAGCCCUGCCCCCAGAGUCGGACCCCCCUGUCCUCAUCAAGCCAAUGAUUCACCCGUGUGUGGACCCCCCGCUCUGUGAGACCUGCCAUCAACAAGAGUUAUCCUUCUUUGAUCCCGGUUGUCCAGGAUGCCGGGAAAUACUGCUCAAUCCCAACACGUCCGCACCUGAAAUCUUUGCCGUCCUCCGCCAAUGGACACCUCAAACACAACAAAACCUGGAGUUGCUGGUGAAUGAGAUAACUAAACGUGGAGCCAAUAUCAAUGAUCGUGAUGGCUUGACGGACAUGACAUUACUCCAUUAUGCCAGCAAAGCAGGGGCUGCUGGGAUAGGUGACCCUGAACUUGCAGCUAGGGUCGUGAGCUCCUUACUGUCUCAAGGUGCCGAUGUCAACAUCCGAUGUCGGUGGACAAACAUGACAGCGCUACACUAUGCAGCAUACUUCGAUGUGGUGCCGGUCAUUAAAGUAUUAUUAAAAGCAACCAAGGCAUUAGACAUAGACAGUACAUGUUCGGAGUUUGAACAUGGCACAGCACUACACAUAGCAGCAUCCAACCUGGCCCACGAGGCCGUGAAGGUUCUCCUGCACAACGGGGCCGACCCCCGACUCAAAGAUGACCUGGGACACAUGCCACAAGACUGUGUCCCGGAUCCCACUGGUUUUAGCCAGGACACGGACAUGGCCAAACUAGUCAACAAAAUCAAGAAAACACUCCAGGAGGCGGCGCCACCGUCCCCGAAACAGCCGCCUCCCAACUAUGACCUGGUCCAGAGUAAGGUCACCCUCCAGGCGCUCGGACUCCGACUGGGGGACAAGGUUCUGGUCGGAGGCUGCAAGACGGGCACACUCCAGUACUGCGGGCCAGCAGAGUUUGCCACAGGGGUGUGGGCGGGGAUCGAGCUGGAUGAACCCGCAGGGAAGAAUGAUGGCAGUGUUGGAGGCAUUUCAUACUUCAAGUGUCCACCCAACUAUGGAAUCUUUGCUCCUGUCAGUAAGAUCACCAAGCCUGGCCAAGUGCUGGCUUCACGGGUAUCGCCGGGCUCACCAAGCAGAUCUCCCCUCAAGCCAUCCACGGUCAAGGUCAACCAUGUGACAGCAAGGGUCGAUACGGGCCUCAGCAAGUCCAGGGCAUCAUCUGUGGGGGACUUGGGGGACAUCGAGACCGGGGAUCGGGUCAUUGUUGCCGGACAGAGGAAGGGCACAGUCAGAUUUGCAGGAGACACCAAGUUCGCCCCAGGUGUCUGGUAUGGGAUUGAGCUGGACAAGCCGGCAGGGAAGAAUGAUGGCUGUGUUAACGGAGUACGCUAUUUCACCUGCAGGCCCAAGUUUGGUGUCUUUGCCCCGUUGUCAAGGAUACAGAAACUUGGUGACCGCCGGUUUGACUCGGACGAGUCCCUGGACACUAUCAGCUGGGGAGCUGUGUCCGAGAGGCUUGACCGGAAGAUGACGGCUCCUAGUGUAGCUAGCCUGCUGAAUUCCACGCCGGUUAAAUCCUCACCGAAAACGCCGCGGUCCAGUAUGAACAUCCUGCGUACCCCUGGUUCCAGUCCCAACCUCAAGCUGGAGCCGGGCAUCAGUGUCCUGUGUAACAACGAGAUGGGUGUUGUGCGGUACGUGGGACCGACGGAGUUCGGGGAGGGGGUGUGGCUGGGCGUGGAUCUCCGGGCAGCCAAGGGGAAGAACGACGGCAGUGUACAGGGAAAGAGAUACUUUACAUGUAAACCCGACCAUGGGCUUAUUGUGAGGCCAAGCAAGGUGUUUGUACGAGGAAUAAACGGAGCCAAACUAAUGACUGACAGCCAUUCUCCACCAGAUCUGACGAAGCACAGUAGUGAUCAGCGAGUAAAUGGCGACAGUCGCAUAAACGGGGAAUCUAGCCAUCACAGUCACUAAGAGAAGGAAGAGUCGGGAUAUGAAAUACUAGCAAUGAAAAAUAUAUCAGCCGAACGGUUUCAACUGUUCUGCUGAAAUUCAAAACCAGUCUUGAUGCAACUAAAUAUUGCAUAUGUAGACUUGCAUUUACACUAAAGAUCUAAGGGAGCAGUGCAAAAUUUCAA